ACGGAGCCCAACUGCAAGUCAGCGUAGGGCCGGCCAUGACAGGGUUAACAGAACCCUGGUAGCUGGGGGGGAAGGAGGAGCAGGAGCUGUGGGAGGGGAGUUUACACAUAUCUCUCACCAGCCAGUUUCCCGGGCAGACAGGCGUGGGGGAGCAAAGUUGCAUGGUCUGUACAGCCUGCAGCUGGGAUUUUUUUCUGCACAGCAAGCGUUGGGACACAGGUAGGGGCGGCGAGAUGGCAGGGAUUGAAGCCCUGUUUGCACAGCUUAGGGCUGAGGCGGCGGUGCGGGGGGAGGACUGGCUGCAGCGUCAGCUGGGGACACUUCUCCCUCAGAACGGGGCAGCAAGCGGCGCGGCGCCGUCGGGGCCUAACCACACGGGCCGGGACAUUAUUCAGAGCGGUGGGGAAGCAGCGCUAUCGGGGCCCAGUCACACCGGCCGGGGGACCGCGCGGUCGCGCUCAUCGCGCCCCCCCCGCAGAUAUUCACCCAGCCCAUCCCCUGGUCAGCAGCGGUCGGAAGGCGGCAGGAACAGGGCCCCAUCGGGCCCCCCCGCAAAGCGUGCGGCGGCGCCGGCUACGGGGGUCAUUGAGGGCCCGGCAGGGGGGACCAGGAGCACCCAAGGACAGAGGGGGGGACGGCCGGGGGGCUCAGGUACGGCGGCCGUGCCCGCCCGACGUGUGGAGCAGGUGGAGACGGGCCCGGUCAGCAGGCCUCGGCGAGAGGGAUCCCAGAUUACGGUGGCUAGCCCCUCAGCUGCUACGGCUGGCCACUUGCAGGAAGACUGCAGCAGAGUUACGCCUGGCAGGAAAGCGCCGGCAAAAUCCGCUCACGGGUCCAGGGCCCGCAGGGAGAGCGAAUCCGGCCCUGGGCCUUCGGCCGCCGGGACCGAGCUGCCCGGGGGGUCAUCAUCGGGGGAAGAGGGGCUGUGCGAGGACCAGUCGGAUGGGGAGCUGUCCGGUUCGGAGGAGGAGGUCGUGCCCAGGACGGUGCCUACAGCGAGGGAUUCCAGACGAUCGGCUGAUGGGAUUGCUUCCACGCAGCCCGUGGGACAGGUUCCGGGAGUUGGUGCCGGAAGCAGAGGAGCGAGGGGUCCCCUGUCCGGAAUGGCUGUGGCAGAUUCCAUUGGAAUCAUCUCCACCUGGAUUAAAAAAUCGGUGAGUGCGGGUACUUGGGCGGCCUAUGAAAAAGUAUGGGUAGAAUGGAGUAGCUUGGUAAUGGAAUCUGAGGUGCACCUCUCGGGACCGGAGGUGAGGACGUUGGUGUGGUACUUUUUGUCCAGGAAUAUCGAGGCAGGAGUGUCUCAGUCGGUAUUGGAUAAGAAGUUGGCCGGUUUGGCGUUUUUAUUCAAGUGGCAGGGGUUGCCAGAUUUUACAAAGGAUUUCUGGGUGCGCCAGGCUCUGAAAGGGUACAGGAAGCAAGGGCGGCGGCUGGAUACGCGCCGCCCUGUGUCUUUCGACGUUUUAAAAGGGUUGAUGGAUAGGAUGGGCACUGUGGGUUCGUCCGUUUUUGAAGUUACAUUGUUUCGCGCGGCAUUUGCGCUGGCAUUUUUCGGGGCUUUUAGGAUAGGCGAGUUGGUGAGCCCGUCGAGAAUCGUCCAAGGGGGCAUGGGGGCAUCGGACGUUAGUUGGGCCCCGGAGGGGGUCACGUUGUGGCUCAGAAGGUCCAAAACGGACCAGAGUGGCAAGGGCAGAGCGGUCCAGGUGUUCCCGAUCGAGGGAUCGGAACUUUGCCCAGUGGGGCUGGUCCGGAAAUAUCUGGACAUCCGUCCGGCGGUUGGGGGCACCUUUUUGGUACACAAAAAUGGGGCCCCGCUGUCGAGAUAUCAGUUUGUGGCGGUGUUUAGGAAGUGUCUGGGGGAAUUGGGCCUGGUGGCAAGGGAGUUCUCGGCUCAUUCAUUUAGGAUUGGGGCUGCUACGGAGGCGGCAAGGAAUGGACUAGGGGAGGACGCAAUAAAGAGGAUAGGAAGGUGGGAAUCGAGGAGGUUUCGUUCAUAUGUUAGGCCGCAGCUGGUGGCAAAUUUGCGGUGAGAGUUUGGGAGUUGUUGUUGGGAUAAGGGGAAAUGAGUUAGAUGACUGUUUUGAAACGUGGGUGUCGCUGUAUUGGGGGAUGUGUUAGUUAUUUGUUGUUGCUUACUGUCUUUCAGGUACUGGACCUUUGUUGGUCUGGAUUUUGGGCCACUCUUACGUGGUUCGGGGGGAAAAACGGGCGGAGGCGCGCCCGACCGGUCGGCAACUGGGGAUUUCGAGACAGGAGGCGAGGGUACGGUGGUUGGGGGUACCCGGGAUGUUAUGGAGCAGAGUUGUGCCGGAGGUUCACAAAUGGGCACGUUUGGACAGACCUCCGGAUGUGCUAGUGAUUCAUGCUGGGGGCAAUGAUCUUGGGGUGAGAUCUAUGCUGGAGAUAGCGCGGGAUAUUAAAUUCGACUUUCAGCGGCUCCGGUUGUCUUUCCCGGAGACGGUAGUGGUGUGGUCGGACAUGGUGGCUAGGACAGCGUGGAGGAUGGCGAGGUCGGUAGACGCGGUGAAUCGUGCGCGCAGGAAGCUGAACAGGAAUGUGGGGCGUUUUGUGCUAAGGAACGGGGGGCUGGUGGUUCGGCACCCGGAAUUGGAGGUUGACCCUUGGCGUUACCUCAGGAGUGAUGGUGUUCACCUCACGGACGUGGGGAUUGACAUGUGGGCUUUGCGCCUAGAGGAGGGGGUACAACAAGCAAUGAGGGUGUGGAGG